AUGCUGUCCCAGGCCCAGGUGCAGCCACCACUUCAAGAGGCCCAUCCUACAACGCAGCACCGCCACCGGAUUAUGGUUCUUCCAGCGCAAGCUGCUUGGCACUUGUUAAAAGGGCAUAUGAGUGGUUCAUAUGAGUGGUUCCUGUUGCCUCCGCUGCCUGCCACUGCCGGCUAUGGGGCCGAUGCGUACGGUUGUGGCGGCGGAGCCUACGGUGCCGGCGCUUAUGAUUAUGACGGUGGGGCCUACGGAUACGGCGCCUACGGAUGUGGUGCCUACCCUCCCGGUGGCUGCAAUGGGUACGGCGGGUGCCCGGCGUCGUACGCUCCGAGCAAGGGCCGGUUUGGUGGCAAAGGUGGUGACAAGGGCUAUGCUCCAUAUUGA